UCCCUUUCAACUGGUUCUUAUUAUUAAAUUGUAUAUUCCUGUUUUGUUUUGUUAAUGUUUUUACUUUAAACCCUUUCACUUUUAAAUUGUGAUUAACAAUGAAUUUCAACAUCCCUCCCCCUUUAUUUGUGUUUAUUUACAAAUAAUUGAGUAUUGAAUGACUAUCAACCAUAGAUUAAAUUGUUUACUCUUUCCUAUCAACACUGUCAAACAUCACCAAUAUAUCAUCAUCGUCACCACCACUCAUCAUUUGUUUUUGUUUCACUUAUAACAAAAUAUCUUUCACCAUAUUUAUAAAAUUGUUCCUAUUUUUUCUCCAAAAAUCAAUGAAUGAUGUUCUACAAUUAGCUGACCUUCACUAUUCAACAUUUAUUGGUUUUUUAGUCUCUUAAUUUCUAAUUCCUUUUCACAUUGUUCAUAUUAACCAUCACCUCUGGAUUAUCGUUCUAGCAAUUCAUCAUCAUGUCUUUCCUUCGUGAUUUUGUUGGAAGUUUUCGUAAAAAAGAUGUAUCUGAUUAUCCAUUCAAUGUGGUAGUUGAAGUGAAAAAUGAUGAUUACAAGAUACAUCAUGUUUACCAAAGGGAAGAUUGCCUCGUUCUUUACGGUUCACCUGAUAGUUCACGAUUUGAGAUUGUCUUACAAAAAGCAAUGCCUUCUAAAGGAAUUGAAGUUGAUUACAGCCUUUGUCGAUUCCAAAAUCAGGGUGAAGCUGACAAAGUAUUCCAUGCCAUGGUUAAAAAUCAAUUACCCAACCUUUGUAAUAACUUCCCGGAUCUGGUUAAUGCGUAUAGUCUUCAAGAAUUGGUCAAUUAUGUUCGAUCCAAUCCAGAGCAAACAUUAGCCCAUAUUUGUGCAUAUUUUGGUUACCUAGACUGUCUAAAAGGAAUUAUCGCUAGUCAGCCAUCAUUAAAAGAUGCUGUUGAUCCCAUCACCCAAUAUACACCGCUACAUCUGGCUGUAAAAGGUUGUCGCCUUCCUGUGAUUCAAUAUUUAGUUUCCUGUGGAGCUGAUUUAUCAAAGACUGACGCUCGAGGAUGGAAUAUUUUUCACUUUGCAGCAACAACAACUCGAGAAAUUAUUUCAGCACUUUGUAACCCUUCUGAAAGUUCUCCAUCAGCACCACUAAAUAGCUCAUCAGUAACAUCAACUAUAGCAUCUUCUUUAAGCACUUCUCUUUCUUCUGGGUCUAAUGCAACACUCCAAAGUCAAGGAUCUUUAUCAUCAUCAUCUGAAGAUUCAACCUCCAGUCAAAGCGAUCAUCGAAUGCUGAUUAUAAAGUUGAUUAAUGCACGAAGCAAUGAUACAAAUAGUCCACUUUAUUUAGCUUGUGCUGCUGACAAACCUGAAUGUAUCAAGGAGCUGUUGAAAAAUGGGGCUGAUGUAAACGGUGCUUCUCUAGAAACUAUUGAUGUCGAAAAAUCCAGUGAACAUAGUUUGUGUAAUGUUAUUGAACAACUUGACCCUAAAGUUAUGAAAAUGGGUGGAACAGCCCUUCAUUGGGCCAAAAGUCCGCAGUGUAUGGAAGCUCUGAUUGAAAUGGGAUGCAAUAUCAAUGCUAAAAAUUUCCAAGGAGAAACAGUUUUUCAUUGUACAGUUGCUAAAAAAAAUCUUGCAUGUAUUGUCACUCUCUUGUCUCAUGGAGCUGACGUUAAUGCUACCGGACCUAAUGGUGAAACGCCUUUACAUAUAGCUGUUCGAACUGGUGAUGUGACUAUUGUCCAAGCCUUAGUUGUUUUUGGUGCCGAUUUAAAUACGUGUAAUAAUAGUGGGGAAACUCCUCGGCAUAUAAUUGCAACCAACAAACGAAUAUCUAACCAAGAAUUGAUUCUUUACAUUUUGGAUACUGUUGGUGCAAAAAGAUGUAGGAAAGCUCAUAACUUGUCCUGUACCGAUGGAUGUGCAAUCAAUGCUACUUUCAAUGGAAUACCUCCUGAAACAUCGCCAUUAUCACGAAUUGUUUCAAUCCAUGAUGUUCACUAUCGAGAUGUACUUGAAGAGGCUGUUAAAAGAAAGAAGAAAAAAGAAAUGCAAAUUAAUUUUGAUGAUCCUCCUGAAAAUGAGAUUAAACUGUUGUGUCUGGAUGGUGGAGGGAUUAAAGGUUUAAUCUUGGUCCAAAUGCUGGCAAUUCUUGAAGAUAUGACUAAAAGGCGGACUUAUGAUACUUUUAAUUGGAUUGCUGGUACAUCAACGGGAGGUCUUUUAGCAAUAUCUUUAGCUUUGGGUAAUACAGCAGCUCAAUGUCGUCAACUUUAUUUUCGUCUGAAGGAUAAAGUGUUCCUUGGACCCCGACCUUAUGAUUCUGAACCUUUAGAAAAGUUUGUCCAAAAAGAGUUUGGUGUUGAUACAAAAAUCAGCGACAUCGCUAAUCCCCGUUUAAUGAUUACAGCCACAAAGUCAGAUACAUUUCCAGCCGAAUUAUUUCUAUUUCGUAAUUAUCCGUCAGCCAAUGAAAUAAUCAUGUCCACCGAACCCGAUUCUUCUAGACCUCCUACUCCAGCUGGAUCUGAUACUCUUCUUUGGAUGGCUGCACGAUCAUCAGGAGCGGCUCCUACAUACUUCAGACCAUGUGGACCUUAUCUUGAUGGUGGAUUAAUCUCGAACAAUCCAACCUUAGAUGCCUUAACUGAAAUUUCUCAGAUAAAUGCCUCAUAUGCUCAUAUUGGUCAUCCAGAAAGAACACUCAAACCUACCGUAGUUGUAUCAUGUGGAACUGGUGCAAUCCCCACUAAAUCUAUUUCUAUUCUCGAUGUUCACCGUCCUGCUACUUUGGUCGGAGUGGCUAAAAUGGCCUUCAUGGCUCCAGCACUAGGCGAACUUCUUGUUGAUCAGGCAACUCAAUCUAAUGGUCAAGUUGUGGAAAGAGCCAAAGCUUGGUGUCAUGGAAUUCAUUUGCCAUUUUUUAGAUUAAAUCCGCCCAUUUCCGAAAAUAUUAAUUUAGAUGAAACUAAUAACGUUAAACUCAUCAACAUGUUAUGGGAAACAACUGUUUAUAUGUACAACCGUAAAGACGAGUUACAAGAGUUGAUUUACCUGCUUAGUUGAGCCAAAUUUGUUUGACAAAACAAAAUCGUCUACUGUUGUUAUUUAUUGUGACAAUUUUAUCAUUAAUAGCAUCAUCAUCAUCUAGGGAGUAAAGGUGAAUGAAUUUUUGGAAAAUAUUCACAAAUCUCGUUUUCCUGAACUUUACUUUUUUACUAAUUAUUACCAAUUCUGCAUUAACCUUUGCAAAUUAAGCCUUCAAAUCUGUUUUUUAAUCUUGAACGUCAAAUUUUCACCAAAAACCAACAAAACUCAUCAACGAUUUUUACCUGUCUUUUUGUAUUCUCAAAGAAGCUACCUUUUGGAUUCAUCAGGUUGUGUUUUCAAUCUAACAAGAGUUAGAGUAGACUUAUCCAGUUCAUAUUGCAUCUGAUUGAUCACUUUUUGGCUAAGUUUUUCGUUUAUUAUUUACUCAAUCCAUUUUUCUUGGUGAAAUUUGAAAUCUUUCUCAUAUUCACCUAAGGAACUUCAUUUUCAAUUUUGUUUUCUUUCUCUAUUUUCCUUGUGCAAUCAAUCAAAUCUAAUCAUUUUUCGACUGUCAUUUAAACAUCUCACCAACAAAACUUGUUUCUUGUCAUUAAACCAAUGAACUUAUUGUAAUUCAACUAAUCAAUUGGCCAAUAUCUGAACAGAAGAUAAAAUCCAUCAAAACUUGAAGCUCAA